AUGUCGCUGCACCCCGGCGACCACCGCUCCUCGCGCUCGCGCAGCAAGUCACCAGGGCGCGCGCGCGAGAGGUCCAGGUCGCGCAGCCGCGUCGACGAGGGCCCAGCGUUCGCGACUGACCCCAGGCUGACCAACAGCUAUGCCGACGCCCAGUCGACCCCGCAGUACGAAAUCAGGCAGCCGGGCCUCUCGUCCUACGCGACGCCUUCCUACUAUCUCACCAGCCCAGCAGAACACCAGCGCCAGCGACCGCACCCAGAGAUGGAGGGCUAUACAAUGGGGGGUUAUACCGACCUCCCCCCGCACGAGCGCCCUGGCUAUAUCUCUCCAACUGCAGCCGGAGCGCAGCAACAGCAGUGGAAUUACACGGCGACUCCGAUAAACAAUGCUCCUCCGCAGCAACCGCUAAGAACUCCAGGAGGCUAUCAGCAGCAGCCCUCUGGCUAUCAGUACGCGCAGCCGGGAGGAUUAAAGUACACAGCACAGCCGAUCACUUCUCAGUCUGCCCAGCAAUACCCUCCUACAUCUUCGGCUGCCCCGAGAUACACGUCCUCUUCUGUCACUUCACCCACGCAAAAUGUCACCGCCAUGCCCCUACCGCAGCAGUUCUUCCCUCCUCCGCCCCCAGGCCCUCCGCCGUCGAAGAAGGCCGAAAAAUAUGAUCCGAAUCUAGCCUACGGGGCUGAUAACGCGCGCAUCGUCGAGGUGAAGCCUGGGGGAGCCAAGUAUGGCGCGCCUCCCUCACCGGGAUUGGCACCGCGUAUGGACAAGCUCACCGUUGGCGGAAACAGGCCCACUUUGCAACCCAUCAUGCCCGGUGCAUUUCCUGGAAGUGAAGGCGGCAUGGGGAGUGGCCGCCCCCCGCCCAGCCCGCUGUUGGAGGCUUAUCACGGAACUUACCAGUCUCUCAGCCCCAUGCCAAGCCCCAUGAUGCGCCCGUUGAACGAUGAUUUGGAUGAUAUACCACCCCUGGAUCCACGUGAAGAGAAGAAAUCCAAGAAACACAGGCACAGAAGCUCGUCGAACGUGUCCCACGGCCAUGGUUCAACUCUAUCCGUGAGCUUGUCCAAGAAGGGCAGGGAAAGGUCCCGGUCUCGUACUCGCGACGACAGGUAUGAGAAGGAAAGGGAGAAGGAGAAAGGCGGCAAACGCGUCAAAAUUUACGACGCCGAAGAGGAUGCCAAUGCUAUCUUGAAGGCGCUUUCAAGAGAGCCGGAUCCUGACCCGCUGAUCGAUAUUCUCCCAGCACUCUCUCACGACCAGCUAAUGGAGCUUCGCAACGAAUACAAGCGCAUCUGCAAGGUGCAAGGCCGUGGGGUGAAUUUGGCCAAGCACAUCAAAAUGAAGCUGCCCGGUACCAACUUUGGUAAAAUUUGUCACAUCACCGCGCUUGGUCGAUGGGAGAGCGAGUCGUACUGGGCGAACUACUGGUAUCAAGGUAACAGUUCCAAGCGUGAGCUUUUGAUCGAGUCGCUCAUGGGCCGCCCCAACUCUGAGAUUCAUGAGAUCAUUGAUUCCUUCAAAGACAAGCGCUAUGGUGAUGACCUGAUGCGCUGCAUGGAGACGGAACUGAAGAAGGACAAGUUCCGCAUGGCCAUUCUCACUGCUCUAGAUGCCCACCGCCAAGAAGAGGGAGACGUGUGGCCGUUGGAGUACAGAAAUAGGGAUGUGGACGCCAUGUACGAUGCGGUCAGAGCCAGAGAAGGAGGAGAGUCAGAUAUCUUGAGGAUUGUGUGCACGAGGAGCGAUGCGCAUCUGCGGGAUUGCUUGGAGACAUACAAGAGGAAGUACCAGAGCAACUUCGCCAAAGAUGUCCUGAGAAAGAGCAACAACCUGGUGGGCGAAGUUUGCGCACACAUCCUCAACGGAGUCAUCAACAAGCCGGCUCGCGAUGCCAUGCUUCUGUAUCACGCUCUCACCGACCUGAUGGACACUGGCAAUGACCGCGAUGCGUCCCGACAUGACCGCCAGCAUCGCUAUGAGCUGCUCAUAUCUCGCCUGGUUCGUCUGCACUGGGACAAACUGCAUCUGCGCAAGGUCAAGCUGGAUUACCGUGAGAAGUACGGGCGCCAUAUCGAGGACGACAUCGAGGACGCAACCAAAGGCGACUUCCGGGAGUUCUGCCUUGCGCUGUGUGAUAUGGGUUUGGGAACAGGAAGAUAA